AUGUCAGAAAGAAAAGCAAUCAACAAGUGGUACCCACCAGACUACGACCCAUCAAAGAUUCCUAGACCCAAAAAGAAUGCCAACCAGCCCAUCAAGAUCCGUAUGAUGGCACCAUACUCGAUGAGGUGUCUCAAGUGCGAUGAGUAUAUCGGUGCACGUCGUUCGUUCAAUGCAAGAAAAGAAAUCACCAACGAAAAGUACCUCAACAUAAAGAUUAUAAGGUUUUACAUCACCUGUCCAGGGUGCAACAACACCAUCACAUUCAAGACCGACCCCAAGAACGCCGGGUACACCCCCGAAGAAGGUGCUGUCAGAAACUACGAAAAGGCCAAACCUACAGAAACUGAGGACGACAUACUUGCAAGAUUGCAGAAAGAAGAGGAAGAAGACCAAAAGUAUCACCUCCUCCAGGCCAAGCGUAAGAAGAACCCAUUUUGGAACGAACAGACUCUGGGCAUGGAAAAUCUCGAACAGCGAUUAAAAGAGCAACACCACCACCAAAAACUAGACCAGCAACUAGAAGCCAUCCAAGCCAGGGCCGUCAACAAGGACCUCCUCGAAUCCAAAGCAAGAGAAAAUCUACAACAAUCAACAAAACCGGUUGCCAAACGCAAGCUUGUCAUUCCUACAACUAUCAAACUCCCUAAAAAACCUAGACUUGCCCGCCCUAAUCCUGAAACUCAAAAUCGUUCAACGUAA